AUGGUCUUCAAGUUUUCAACCUUCGACCUCACCGAAGAUCCCCCUAAUUUCGAUCUGCAUUCGCCACCUGCUUCUCAGUCGUCAACAAUUUGUCUGCCGCUCAAUCCUGCUGGCUGCAGUUUCAUCAAAGCUAUAACACCCCGCCAGGUCGCUGCCAGUGCUUCUCUGUGCUUGGUCAAUUCAGCUUCCAGGUUUUGUUGCUGGAGGCCAAGAGAAUCAGUCCAAUGUCCAGUGGAAGGACGCCUUCAAAGGUUCGAUUUCGAAGAGCUGAAGGUCGCUACCAACAACUUCAGUGAGACAAAGAAGGUGGGUAAGGGUGGGUACGGUUGUGUGUACGAAGGACUCUUGGGGGACGGCUCCAGAGUGGCAAUAAAAAGACUCGGUAGUGGUACCUCUCAGGCAUGGACACUCCAUGCUGAAGUAAAAUUGGGGAACAUGAUCUGUCAUCGGAAUCUGGUUCGGGUUCAAGGCUUUUGUUUGUCGUCAAAGCAUGGAGAAUACAUGCUCGUGUACAAUUUCAUGGCGAACGGAAGUCUGGACUCACUUUUAAGAGGACCGCUCCCACUUGAUUGGCCCACCAGGAAGAAGAUAGCGAUUGGAGCUGCUAGAGGGCUCUCCCAUUUCCAUGAUCUGAGGAUGAUUCACAGGGACAUUAAACCCGAUAAUAUACUGUUGGAUGAGGACUUUGAGGCUCAUGUUGCAUAUUGUGGGAUGGCCUUGUUCAUGGACGAGUACAUAGGGAAGGCUGUUUCCAAAGGAGAACCCAAUGGUGAAGACGCUAAUUUUACCGACUGCCCAAUGGGGACGCUUUAUUACAUCGAUCCAGAGCGCUUUACAGGAAGAAACUCAGUAAAGAGCCAUGUUUAUGGGUUCGGCGUGAUGCUUCUUGAACUCAUAAGCGGUCGAAGAGCUUGGGAAACAACCUGCCUCGAUGAAAAUGAACUGGGGUUAUGUGCAUGGGCACAUGCCCUUUCAGAAAACGAACAGUUGGGAAGGCUAGUCCAUACCAAUAUGCCGGGCGGCUAUAACGAGAGUGAAGUCAAGAGAACCGUUCACCUGGCUCUACUUUGCACGCAGCUCGACCCCAAAAAACGAUCUUAUAUGGCUGAAGCAGUCCUAUUUCUUGAAGGAAUUAUUGGCUUGGAGAAAAGAUGGGAGGAGUAUCAAACUGAUGCCACUAGGGCUUUUUGA